ACUAAACUACGUUCAUCGUACGUUAUCCAUUACUGCUACUGUACAUUACGUACACUCGUUGGCUGUUCUUAGAUAUUUUUCUCUCCUUCAGUCCUUCCUCGAUUUUGCAUUUAUGUUUUUUAGUAGUUUGUUUCUUGUUCUAUUUUUUGCUUCUUCAGCUAUCUAGUUUCUUCAAAACUUAAGUUCUUUCAUAGUUUCAUUGAACCACUCAUUGCUGUGCAUGUAACUAGCCACUCUCUGAAGUCUGGACUGCACAAAUGGCAUGUUUGGGAAGAACAACAGAUAACUUCUCACGCAUUUGCCUUGGAGAUUUCAGUUUGACUUCCUUUUCCACCCAAAGGUGCAUUAUAGACAUUGUCAACAUUUUUUUUCUGGGUGUCUUUUAUGCAUCCUUGCUCACCAAUCUGAUCAAGAAAAGCCCUAGUGCCCCUUUGAAUGCUGGAACUAUCUUCUCAGUUAUUGCAGCAUUGAGAAGCAUGGGAGAGCCUGUCGCAUUGAUUCCAGAAGCACUUUCUGUUCUGAUCCAAGUUAAGGUAUCCUUUGAUCGUCUCAACACCUUUUUGCUUGAUGAUGAGAUAAAAAGUGAUGAUAUUAGAAGAACUUCAAAACAAGAUUCUUGCAGCAGAAGUGUUGAAAUCCUAGAAGGCAACUUCAGUUGGGAUCAGCAAUCAGUGCCUCCAACUUUGAGAGAUGUGAAUUUUGCGAUCAAGUGGGGGCAGACAGUGGCAGUUUGUGGCCCAGUUGGAGCUGGAAAAACAUCUCUCCUAUAUGCAAUACUUGGAGAGAUACCCAAAAUUUCAGGAACUGUUAGUGUAGGUGGAACACUUGCCUACGUUUCGCAAACUCCUUGGAUCCAAAGUGGUACAAUUCGUGAUAAUAUUCUCUAUGGAAAACCAAUGGAUGAAACCAGGUAUGAGUAUACCAUUAAGGUCUGUGCAUUGGAUAAAGAUAUUGAUGGAUUUAGCCAUGGUGAUCUUACAGAAAUAGGUCAGCGAGGGAUUAACAUGAGUGGAGGACAAAAGCAAAGGAUUCAACUUGCUCGAGCUGUCUAUAAUGAUGCUGAUAUCUAUCUCCUAGAUGAUCCUUUUAGUGCUGUAGAUGCUCAUACCGCUUCUAUUCUGUUUAAUGAUUGUGUCAUGACUGCUUUAAGAAGGAAAACAGUUAUUCUUGUGACUCAUCAAGUUGAAUUUCUCUCACAAGUUGAUAAAAUCCUGGUAGUGGAAGGAGGUAAAAUCACUCAAUCGGGUAGUUAUGAAGAUCUGCUGACAGCUGGAACAGCCUUUGAACAGCUCUUGAGUGCUCAUAGAGAGGCAAUUACAGGGAUAGAAAAAAGCGGUGCAAACAAAAGAGAAUUUGAAAAUGUGGUUACAGUUCAGCCUGAGGAUUCUCAUGUUUUUAAUCUCGCUAAAGGUGGAAGUGAUGGGGACAUUUCUACCAAGGUUCAACUUACACAAGAAGAAGAAAAGGAGAUUGGUGAUGUUGGAUGGAAGCCUUUUUGUGACUAUAUUUUGUUCCCCAAGGGAUCUUUGUUUCUAUGUUUGAGCGUAUUAGGACAGUUGGCUUUUGUAGGUUUGCAGGCUGCAUCAACUUAUUGGCUUGCUCUAGCCAGUGAAAUCUCAGAAGUAACUAGCAGCAUCUUAAUUGGAGUUUAUAGUGUGAUAUCUUUUUUAAGCAUUAUCUUUGUAUAUUUGAGGUCUUACUUUGCUGCACAUCUUGGUUUAAAAGCUUCUAAAGCCUUCUUCUGUGCCUUCACUGAUGCUAUCUUUAAUGCUCCUAUGUUGUUCUUUGAUUCAACCCCAGUAGGGAGGAUUUUGACCCGAGCUUCGUCAGAUUUGAGUAUUUUAGAUUUUGAUAUCCCUUUUACCACCAUUUCCGUAACAGCUGAAGUAACUGAACUUCUGACUAUGAUUGGGAUAAUGGUUUCUAUCACAUGGCAAGUGCUCAUUGUUGCAGUUCUUGCUAUGGUGGCUUCAAAAUAUAUUCAGGGCUAUUAUCAAGCUUCUGCAAGAGAAAUUAUACGAAUCAAUGGAACUACCAAAGCUCCUCUUAUGAAUUUUACUGCUGAGACAUCACUUGGUGUGGUUACUAUAAGAGCUUUCAACAUAGCUGACAGAUUUUUCAAAAACUACCUUAACCUAGUUGAUACAGAUGCCACGAUGUUCUUUCAUUCUAAUGCUGCCAUUGAAUGGUUAAUUUUAUGGGUUGAAGUACUUCAGAAUUUGACACUCUUCACUGCAGCUUUGCUUCUUGUUCUACUUCCAAAGGGAUAUGUGGCCCCCGGCCUUGUGGGACUUUCUCUGUCUUAUGCUUUUUCUUUGACAGCAACCCAAGUUCACCUGACUCGAAUGUUUUGCAACUUAUCAAACUAUGUGAUCUCGGUUGAAAGAAUCAAGCAAUUCAUUCACAUACCAGCAGAGCCUAUUGCAAUUGUAGAGGACAAUAGACCACCAGCUUCUUGGCCUUCCAAGGGUCGAAUAGAUCUCCAAUCUCUAGAGAUUAGAUAUCGUCCAAAUGCUCCAUUAGUCCUUAAGGGCAUCUCUUGUACGUUUAAAGAAGGGAGUAGAGUGGGAGUUGUAGGAAGGACUGGAAGUGGAAAAACUACACUUAUAAGUGCUUUGUUUCGCUUAGUUGAGCCUAGUAGAGGUGACAUUCUUAUAGACGGGAUUAAUAUAUGCUCAAUAGGGCUAAAAGAUUUGAGAUCAAAGCUAAGCAUCAUUCCUCAAGAACCAACUCUUUUCAAGGGUAGCAUUCGAAACAACUUGGACCCUCUAGCCCUGUACUCUGAUGAUGAAAUAUGGAAGGCUUUAGAGAAAUGUCAGCUUAAGGCAAUAAUUAGUAGUCUACCAAAUCUCUUGGACACUUCUGUGAGUGAUGAAGGUGACAACUGGAGUGUGGGGCAGCGCCAACUCAUAUGUCUAGGAAGAGUACUUCUUAAGAAAAACAUAAUUCUUGUUCUGGAUGAAGCUACUGCUUCCAUUGAUUCUGCCACAGAUGUUAUUCUACAACGAGUCAUCAGACAAGAAUUUUCAGAAUGCACAGUUAUAACUGUGGCUCAUAGAGUUCCAACUGUAAUAGACAGUGACAUGGUCAUGGUCCUAUCUUAUGGGAAACUGGUUGAGUAUGACAAGCCUUCAAAGCUUAUUGAUACCAACUCUUCAUUCUCUAAGCUGGUAGCUGAAUAUUGGUCCAACUGUCAUACGAAUUUGCUUCAAAAAGAUUAGCAUGCAUCAACAUUAGCACUGAGAAGAAGCAAUAUAAUAUGAAAGUUAGUAUGUAAAGUUGAAUAAUUUUCAUUACAUAUAUACGAAAUUAUCUAGGGUUGAAUAAUUUUCAUUACAUCUAUUUUCUUUAUAAUAUAGAAACCCAAAGUAAAAGCAUUAAUCUUUGUUAAUGCACCUGAGGUUUUUAAUUUACACCA